AUGCGGCGGGCUCACAGCGCGCCCAGCAGGACUUCCGGAGCUGCCAGACCGGUCAUCCAUGCACUACGCCUGGCUAUCGCGUCGUAUUAUACGAGCACAUUGCUCGCCAAAAAGGAUCAGGGGAAGGUGUUCGAGGUGGCCAUGCGUCAUGGAGUGAGCAAUCACUUCAUGCGUACUGGCAGCUUCACCCGNUUCGCCGACUGGCGCUUCUUGCACCGAGCCCGACUCGACGUGUUGCCGCUCAACGGCGCACGUCGGUGGGAGGAGGGCGAUGGGCGUUGUCGGCGGUGCGGAGNAAGUGCCGAGACCCUUCCCCACGUGAUCAAUCAUUGUGGGGUCCAUUCCGACGCGAUACAGCUCAGGCACGAUGACCUGUUGCUACGAUUAGCUAGGUCCACCCGACUGCCAGGUGAAGUCCGAAUUAACCAGCGGGUCGAGGGGGUCGAUCCCGAAUUGGCGAGUCUUCGGCCCGACCUCGUGAUUCGUCACGAGCAGUCGCGGUCGAUUAUCAUUGUUGACGUCACGGUGCUCUUCGAGAACCGUCGUGAGGCGUUCGAUGAAGCAAGAGCGAGGAAGGUCACCAAGUACACUCCUCUUGCUGAGGCCCUCACGCGGGAAAG